AGAGGCCUGCCGAACUCCCGCGGGAGGGGCUCGGAGCCCUGUGGUCAGUUACCGCCGCGGGCCGGCGGCCGGGAGGUGCGGAGUGCGCAGGAAUGGGGCUGGCUCCUCUUUCCGCGCUGCCCCGGGCCGGCUGAGACCCGCAGGACGCGCCCCCGCGUGCCCCAACACCCCGGGAGGCUCAUUCCCUAGCGGACAGCUCACUUAACCCCGCGGGAGAGUUCGAGGACACGAAUUCAAGACCUGCCUUUUACCCGCUCCUGCACCGUGGGCGGUUCCUCUCCCUCUCCGCCUCAGCUUACCCUGCUGUAAAAUGAGAGAGUUGGAGUGGCCGCUUCAGUUCAGCUCGCACUAAGCGCUUACACCCGCCAGACACUGGGAGGUGAAGACGGCCGUGAAGCCAUUCUCUCGGGCAGUAGUAACACUCGCAUCGGACAGUUACCUGGAAAAGUUUUCCGAGGGAAGCUGCUGCAGGAAGAAAAGACUUUGAGCCCCCUGUCCGGUUCUGGGAGCGAUGUCCACUGGGUGGGUUUCCUUCUGGGGAGACCCCAGGAGGCUCUGAGCCUCUGCUUGGGACCAGCCAUUCGUGUGAUAGACAGAGCCCAGAGCUGCCAGAGCUAAAGCAGCUACUGACCAUCCUACUUGUAGGGAUUGUGGGGGCCCAUCGUCCAGCAGACCCUGGAGGAGGGAGGGACCCUCUCGACAGCCAGUGCCUGGGUGAGCUUCCAUCAACCAGCCAGCCUUACAUAAGGCCCAGUCCUUUGUCCUGAAUAUACAAAUGAAACAGGGCGUGCCUCCAAAGAACCUCCACUUUACUGGGUCAGCAGUAACCUUCCAAGACGUGACCAUUGACCUCUCCCCGGACCAGUGGAAGGGUCUUGGCCCCACUCAGAGGCAGCUCUACAGGGACGUGAUGUUGGAGAACUACAGAAACCUCGUCUCCCUGGGGCCAGAGUCCCCUGGAUCCAGACCACAGAUCAUCUCCUGGCUUGAGCAAGGGGAAGGAAGAGAGUUUCCAGGGAGCAUUCCUUCUGAUUCCAAGACUCAGACUGAGGCCAGGUGGGGCAUUUCUACAGAAGGAGAAGUGUGGAAGAUGGGAUCGGAGGGGACCACCGGGGAUGCUGACCAGGAACCUAAGUGGGGAGCAGCCUCUGGACAUGGAAGCAAGUCCCUUAACCCUGCCCAGAGCCCGUAUUCUUUCCCAGGAUGUGAUUUCAGCCCAUUGACCCGCCUCCACGAGCAGGCUCAGCCGGGUGAGACGGGCCGGGCGUGUAACAGGCUGAAGACAUGCAUCCAUCUGAGGUUAAACCAAGUAACAGGUGGGCAAGGUCCCGCCGGAGAGAGACCCUUUGAGUGUCGCAGCUGUGGGAAAAGGUUUAAGCGGAUUUCCUGCCUGAGUCGACAUCAGAAGAGCCACGCUGAAGUGAAGCCCCACCUGUGUAAGGAGUGUGGGAAGGACUUCAGUCAGCGGUCUUACCUCAACGAGCACCAGAGGAUUCACACUAGCGAGAAGCCCUACGUGUGCAAUGAGUGUGGCAAGGUGUUCAGGCAGCGAUCCACCCUGAUCCGCCACUGGAGGACCCAUACCGGCGAGAAGCCCUACGGAUGUCACCAGUGUGGGAAGGCUUUUAUUCAGCAGACCAAGCUCACUGAACACCAGAGAAUCCACACGGGAGAGAAACCCUUUGAUUGUAAGGACUGCGGUAAACCCUUCGCCAGGAGAUCCCACCUAACGCAUCACUGGCGGCGUUGUACCGAGAAGAAACUCCGAGGAGGCGCAUUGGGUGCAUCUGAGGAGAGCUCCGGCCCUGACGACCCGGAGAGACUUCUCCCCAAGGAGAGCUCUCAUCCGUGUAACGCGUGCGGGAAAUCUUUCAGGCGGCGCUCUUCCCUCAUGCAGCACUGGAGGAGUCACACUGGCGAGAAGCCCUAUGAAUGUAACCUGUGCGGCAAGGCCUACGGCCGGUAUUCAGCCCUGAGUGAUCACAAGAGAGUUCACACUGGAGAGAAGCCUCAUCUGUGCCUCCAGUGUGGGAAAGCCUUCAGCCACAGCUCGGUCCUCACUCAGCACCAGCGAAUCCAUACUGGGGAGAAGCCUUAUGAGUGCAGUGAAUGUGGGAAGGCUUUCAAUCGCAAUUCUAAUUUUUUUCUGCACCAGAGAAUUCACACUGGAGAAGAACCCUGUGCGUGCAACGAAUGUGGCAGGGCCUACAGCCGGAGCUACAAUUUUUUUCUACACCAGAGAAUUCACACCGGAGAAAAGCCUUAUGAGUGCGGUAAAUGUGGGAAAGCCUUUAGUUGGAGGUCCAAGUUUUUUCUACAUCAGAGAACUCAUACCAGAGAAGACCCUCUGGAUGUCGGUGAGCGCCUCUGGGCUACAGACACAGUAAGGGGUCCUCAGUAUGGGAUGGAAUUGUAGGACGUCAGUGAGGAGGGCUGGGACCGAAGGCCAUUCUGCCCCUGGAAGAAUGGUUAGAACUGCCCAAGAGUGUGGGAGACGUCCUGCCUUAGGUUGGCAGCUAACUGCCCUGUAGGGAAGGGCUGGGGGAGUUCCCCAGUCUGGCUGAUGAAGAAAUGCUGGGUGUCAAGAAUAAAAAUGACCGUUUGCAAACGCA